AUGCCGGCCAACCCAGCAGCUCCUUUGCUACGCAGAGUCGACAUAUUUUACCGUUUGCAGGCCGUGCGGUAUAGGCCAUGGGAGACCUGGUCAGACUGCCCUGCCCACAGCAAAUGGGUCAUGGCACAGCCGCCGGCCGGCGCCUUGCAGCCCUCUGCGGAUUCUGGAGCAUCUGGAUCCGGGGGCCAAUUCCCGGGACGGGUCUGGACCUCCUCCGUCUAG